UCCUUCCGCAUCUUCACCUCUUCUCUCUUUUUUUACGGAAAUGUGAACGCACGAAUUUCAAAAUGGACUUGUUCCAAAUCAAACGAGGAUAACGACGACGACGAUGAUGAUGACGAUGAAGAGGAAACCCAGAGCGAGGAGACACUCUGAUAGAACUUAACACUUCUACCUCUGCAAGUGUUUUUUUUCUUUUUAUUUAUUUAUUUAUUUUUUUUGUAAAGUAACCAAACCAAAGCUCACGCAAUCCCCUGAACCCUCGAGGGGCUCCGAACCUCCAGCGAGCACUUUCCCCUGCUUCAGGACCAGGAGUGAGCGAGUGACCGAGCGCAGAACCUCAGGCAGAACCUCAGUCCAACCCCCCUCCCACAGUUGAGAGGGGGGGGAAGAUGGCAGCUCUCGCCAGCUCUCUGAUCAGACAAAAACGGGCGGUGAAGGAAGACCAGGCCAACCGACCAAUCGCCAACAAGCGCAGGCCGUGCCCCAAGAGCAACAAGUCGCUUUGCCAGAAACAGAUCCUCGUUCUCAUCUCUAAAGUGCGACUAUGUGGAGGACGAAGAGGGAGAACCGACAAAAGACCAGAGCCUCAGCUAAAAGGGAUUGUCACACGCCUGUACAGUCAGCACGGCUUUUACCUCCAGAUGCAGCCAGAUGGAACCAUGGACGGCACAAGGGACGAGAGCAGCUCCUUCUCUCAGUUCAACUUGAUUCCUGUGGGUCUGAGGAUCGUGGCCAUUCAGGGGGCGAAGACGGGGCUGUACCUGGGCAUGAACAGCGACGGCUACCUCUACACCUCCGAGCACUUCAACUCAGAGUGUAAGUUUAAAGAGAGUGUGUUCGAGAACUACUAUGUGACGUACUCGUCCAUGCUGUACCGUCAGAGCCAGUCGGGUCGCUCGUGGUACAUCGGCAUCAACCGCGACGGCCAGGUCAUGAAGGGCAACCGGGUGAAGAAGACCAAAGGCGCCGCCCACUUCCUUCCCAAGGUCAUCGAAGUUGCCAUGUAUAAGGAACCUUCGCUGCACGAGCUCGAGUCCGAGCAGAGCCCGCCUCGAAAGACAGCCAAGACGUCGGACUCGCUGCAGAACGAACGCAACGGGGCGCAAAGAUCCGACGCCUCCUUAUAACACAGGGAGGUCAGAGGGAGAGGGAGGCGGAACUCAAAGAACUCCAACACCUCCAGGAACUCCAUUUCCCAUCAUGCACCAUGGCAGGAAGUUCUCAGAUUCUGGGAGGUGUCAUGGUGGGACCUGAGAGAGGAGAACCCCACGUCUUCCUUCCUUCUGAUUCAGCAUGAGCUUCCUCAGCCCCGUCAUCACACUCUUACACUCCAAUAUCCCAGCAUGCAACAGUCCUGCGGAACAAGAUGGCCGCCGUCUACACACUCCGACAUAAUGAGUCAUCUUCCUUUCCCGCUUCCGCAAUACUGCAGCCUGAUUUGUUGCUUAUUUUUACAUUUGUGGUUCAUGUAUUCAUAUUUUGUUAGUGCUGAACAUUAAGUGUGUGUUUGAGAGAGAAGGAGAGAGAGAGAUCAGUAAAUGAUUAGCGUCCAGUGAUUAGCAUUAGCCUUAGCAUCCACCAGCACAAGGAGGUUCUAUCUGCUAAACAGCGUCUUUGACAGAAAACAACAAAAUAAAAAGGAUUUCGCAACGAAAGUUAGCAUUUUUAACAUCACAAACCCAACAGCUAGUGUUUCUAAAAAAAAAUCGAACGUUUUUGUACUCGCUUCACAUCAUCAUAACAAUCCUCGAUACCAAAUAACGAGUAUGAAGACUGGUGACUUUAUAUUGAGAACUAAUUAAUCCGGAGACCAAACACUUUUCCGUUUUUCAUUUAGUUACCACGUAGUAGAAUUUGAUUCGGAGAGAAAAACUGGAUAAACAGGUGAUACAUUCGGUAGUUUUUUAAAAUAAUUUUUUACAAUCGAUCUUUCACCAGCUAGCUGAGUUUUAUUAACUUCUAAAUUACGUUGUAGCUUAUAACGGUUUUUUCAUUUACAAAAAAGGUUCAUUGAGAGCAAAUAUUUCCACAUUUGCAACAAAAUAUCACUGAAUAUUAAUUAAUUAAAGUUCUCAAGAGGAAGUCCUGGUUAGCUAAGCUAGCUACCUAAAAAAAAGCAAUAACCUCCUGUGGUAACUUUAGCUAGCUAGCACUCUUUAUUAAGCGGUUAAAUAUUGAAUUAUAGCUUUUCCCUCACUGUAGUUCACCGUUUUCUCUCCUCCCUAUUCGUCUUUUCUCAUUCCGUACUCUUUCCGUCACCAGCGAAAUAAAUGCAACGUGAAAAGCGUGGAAAAGUGAAUUUCACGAGGACGAGGAUGAGGACGAGGACGAGGGUGUGGGUAAUAACUGUGCUAACUCUGUUUUGGUGAAGAGAGGAAUGUUCUUUCUAAAUUUAGACCUUCAUAAAUCAGUUUUUUAAUUUUUUAAAAAUUUUAUUUAUGGGUUUAUUCAGGGCCGAAUAUGCAGGCAUUAUUCCACUGCGCUAACUCCCUGAUCCGAUUCUUUCCGGGGAUUUCAGCCAUGAUUGCUUGUAUUGUUCACAAUGCAUCAUGGGAAUGAUGGGCCGAAGUUCGUCAGAAAUGAUUAGCGCUUUGCAGGGUUUAUUGACACGACGGCGCUGUUUUCCUAGUGUGUGUGUGUGUGUGUGUGUGUGUG